GAGGUCCAAGGAAACAGACGAGGCCUAUCAGGCCCGGAUGCUAGCCUGGAGUACCGAAACAAAGAGACGGGCAGAUGACGCAGCAACAGCAGCGAAGAAGAAGGCAGAGGACGCCGAGCAGGCACGUCUGCUGGCAGUGGAACAGCAGCGCCAGCACAACGAGGCAGCAGCAAAGGCUGAUGAUGAAGAACGAGUUCAACGGCGGGAGAAGAUAUUUAGCGGAGAGCAGACUUUGCUCACAAUGGCAGCGGAUUGGCGGGCCGAGGCCGAGAAUGGCAAGAUGGAGGAUAUCGAAAACAGGAUCGCUCUACUCCUCUCCCAUCUCACGGACCUCCUGGCAACAUGCAUUACACAGCAGGAGGACAUCCACAGCCUCGACGACGCGCUGACUCAAGUCCACAGCCGCCUCCGGCAGCUGGAGCAGCGACAUGUCGCCUCCCCCAAUGCCAGCUCUUCCAACACCUCCGAUCGCCUCGAAGGAUUGGAGAUGGACGCGGCUCCCUCAAGGACGGCGUGCAGUUACAGCAGACCGCAACGCAACAGUUGGAGCAGCGGAUCUGCAUGGUUGGACAAUCUCUUGUCCAACUACAUAGUGGUAGCUGCCGACUUGCACACCAAGAUCAACUGGGAUGAUCUGAAGGCGGCGUGGCACAAGCGGUUCCAAGUAGAGCCGCCGGAGAUCAAGGCAAUGGACAAGCAAAUGGUCUUCGAACAAGGCAUGAUGCCAAGUGUUGACUGGAUUGCCGAGUACCAACGCUUGACAUCAGUCCCAGACAUCCAGAUGGGCUUCAAAGCCAUCCGCCACUAUUUCAUCUCAAGAUCGUGUCCGACAUUAAGCAAUGCCUUGACUCACGUCGAGUACACCUUGACGACAACGGCGGAACUCUUUGACAGGGCCGCGCAGAUUAUCAUCACGAACAAGGAGGCUAAGAACCUGUGUUCGUCUGCGCCAAGCCCGAGCAGAGUCCAGCAUCGGCCAAGAGUGGCUAUGGUCGCGGCGGCAAUGCCAUUUGACCAAACUAGCGAGGCUGUGUCUGCCAAUGAAGAGAACAGACUCGAAGCCACCCGGGAAGCGCGCGAGUUCAACAUAGAGGUAUUGGACCCGCUCACGUUUGAGGACUUUGCAUGGCUUCCUCUCCCGACCACGGGCCGCCUGUCGGGACCGCAAUGCGCAACACUAUGCGCUCAUCUCCACACGUACUUAUCCUUCUAUGAACCACCAACUUCGCCGACGGAUGACGAAGUCGCGGUGGGGGACAUCCUUGCGUAUGCUACCAAGGUGGCCCGCGAGUUUCGCACGCAGCGGUACGAUGACAACAACGCACCGCUCAUGUAUGUCCGCAUCCAGGUUGGGCAAGCGUCCUGCAGCGCUUUGCUGGAUAGCGGCGUGUCUUGCAAUUUCAUGAGCCAAGCCUUUAUGCAAAGGGCUGGCCUUGGCGCACAAGUUCGGAGGAAGGCAAACCCGACGGCGAUCAAGUUGGCGGAUGGAAAAACGCAGCAACUUCUCGACCGUUACAUCGAGGUUGUACCGGUUUAUUUCGCACCUCAUGCAUGCGAACCAGUGACAUUCGACAUUUUGGACACGGACUUCGACAUCAUUCUGGGAAUGCCUUGGCUUGCAAAUGCGGAUCACACGGUCAACUUCCACAGGCGGACUCUUAGCGUUCGCGACAUCUUCGGCGCCGAAGUGGCGUGUAAUAUUCCUCUUCCGCACCCUUCAAUUCGGUGCCAAGUGGUGAUGGCCAAAUCAUUCCGGGCAACUUGCACUUACGAGCAGCCCGAGGAAAUCGGCCUAUGUUUCCUACGGACCGUCUCGGUAGCCGACUCUUCACCCACGGACUUGUCUUCGGACACCCGGGUGGUGCGGUUGCUGGACGAGUUCGCCGGCAUCUUCAAGUCACCUACCGGUGUGGUGCCGGAUCGACAGAUCUCUCACGAGAUCAUUCUUGAGGCCGGUGCCGUACCGCCAAAAGGUUGCAUCUAUCAGAUGAGCGAGGAGGAGCUUGAGGUCCUCCGCGCACAACUCGACGACUUGUUGGCCAAGGGCUGGAUCCGCCUUAGUAGCUCCCCAUAUGGAGCACCAGUUCUCUUUGUCCGGAAGAAGAACAAGGAUCUACGGUUGUGUAUCGACUACCGCAAGCUCAACGCGCAAACCGUCAAGAAUGUGGGGCCUCUUCCUCGCAUCGACGAUCUUCUUGAGCGAUUGGGCGGUGCAAAGUAUUUUUCUAAGUUGGAUUUGAAAUUGAGAUAUCAUCAAAUCUCGAUCCGGUCGAAUGAUCGCUACAAAUCCGCGUUCAAGACGUGGUACGGGCAUUUUGAGUGGGUGGUCAUGCCUUUUGGCCUCACCAACGCCCCGGCGACCUUUCAAGCGGCAAUGACCAACGAGUUUCGUGCAAUGUUGGACCGGUUCGUGCUGGUCUACUUAGACGAUUUUCUCGUCUAUAGACGGACAUUGGAGGAUCGUCUUGGGCACCUUCGAUGAGUGUUGGAGACGCUCCGCCGCGCUAAGUACCGCGACAAGUGUGAAUUUGUCCGGCAAGAGAUGGAAUACUUGGGCCAUUUUGUCA